CUUAUUCCAUCAUGGCGUCGACCAGCAAGUCCAGAAAAUCACGAAGUAAAAACUCGAGCCCAGGCGCGACACCAUCGAAAAAGAAACGACCAGGAACACCUGGUAUUGCGCAGGAGGGAGAGUUACCUGUGGAUCUGGAGUUGUCUACCCCUGCCCCUAUAAUAGAUGAGACACCCGAGAGAACACCAGCUGUAUUCAAAGACCCCAACUUCAUUCAUUCCAGUAAAGGUGCUGCAGGGAACAAGAAGACACGCAUCUGGAAGAACCUCAAGCAGAUCAUAGCAGCUGAACGCUCAUUACCAUGGCAACCAAAUGAUGCCACAUAUGGUGGAAUAGAUGCUCCACCCUCCUUUAAACCUGCAAAGAAAUACUCUGACCUAUCAGGUCUUCAGGCUCCCUACACAGAUCCCCAAACCAAGAUGAGGUAUGCUACAGCUGAGGAGUUCACGAGAGCAAGGAUGUUGCCAAGUGAUCUUGUUACAGGGUACCUAGCUCUGAGGAAAGCCAACCCACCAGUCCCAUGAUAGACUAAUAUAGGAUGGAUGUGCUGAAUGUUGUGAUGAAUGAGGAUGAGGACAAUGUCCGUGACAAGGAUACACUACUCCCCUGGGGCUGUAAUGGUGGAUUAGAUGGUGGACUCUUAGCUGUCUCCAAUAUUACAUUUGCUGAUCAAAGAGACUGCUUACUGGAGAUUAUGAAUCAUGUCAUAUCAUGUCUUCUUAGUUAUACUGAGACAAGAUAUAAGCAGUCUUGAUACUUUCACUGUAAUAAAAUAUUGAUUAU